CUCAAAGCAAUUCCUUUCUGGGAGGUUUGGAAGCAGGUGAAAGCCAAUAUCCCCGAAUCUGAACUAGGAAGCUCAGCCCCACCCCGGCUCUGACUUUCCACAGAGGCCGGGACUCGGUGCUGCCAGGACUGGUGCAUUGGAGCUGCAUCACCUUGGCGACAUUAACACAGCAACAUUGUGUUCACAUGACAUCACAACUCAGCAAGGAAAUGCCCCACUGUCUAGUCCCAACCAGACAUUCUGAAGGCGAAGGCGAGAGGAACCAGUGGGAAGGUGUCCUGGUUUUGAAGAGCCAUGUCUUUCAAAUCUAUCCGUGCCCACGACAGAUGGGAAACAUGGAUUUUGCCCUAACAUGUCCCAGUGGAACAGCUUCUAUGAAACAUUUCCUGUUUCUCUGCUAAGAGGCCAUUCCUGUUUAGAGCCUCCAUUCCAAACCCAGCCUGGCUUCCUUAGUCACCCGAGGCCCAUCGAGGAAACAACUAGAAUUGGUUGUGGACAGGUUGGGCAAGACUUGCAUGCCAUUUUCCCCAGCAGUGCUGCCUCCAAACUCAGCCACCUCCGUCUGUGUUCCGGUGUUGGCCAUCAGGGGAGUUGGAGCAGAGACACAGCUUGGCUUCGGAGCCCCAGCAGGGAAGCACAAUGAGGGCUCUCAGCCCAGAUGGGAAGGCACGCCCUUGGGGAAGCCCGGGAGCCUCAGCACCUUCCCCGCCCUCCUUCUUUUCCUUCCUGUUUUGCAGGAAAGCCAGAUGUUCUGUGUGUGCCACUCGCCUGUCACUCCCAUCGCAUCACGGCUAAGAGGUGCCGGGCUGCAGAGGCCUUCGGGGAGGAAGUGUGGGGAAGGGUGGACGGUGGAAGAGGAACCGAAAAAGCAACAUUUAUCUUGCCCUCCUGAGACCUGAGUUGACAAAUAUUGAAACACAAGGGGUGUGGCUUCAUUAUCAGGAGCAACUGAGGUGACAGCGUCUUUUGAGAGCCCCGGAGAGGCAUCAGGGAGCAGCCAUGCCACCGUUUCUUCGAAUCGGCCUGUCCAACUUUGACUGUGGGGCCUGCCAGGCCUGCCAGGGCGAGGCUGUUAACCCCUACUGCGCCGUGCUUGUCAAAGAGUAUGUUGAAUCAGAGAACGGGCAGAUGUAUAUCCAGAAAAAGCCCACCAUGUACCCGCCCUGGGACAGCACUUUUGAUGCCCACAUCAACAAGGGAAGGGUGAUGCAGAUCAUCGUGAAGGACAAAAAUGUGGACCUCAUAUCCGAAACCACCGUGGAGCUCUACUCGCUGGCCGAGAGGUGCAGGAAGAACAACGGGAAGACGGAAAUAUGGUUAGAGCUGAAACCUCAAGGCCGCAUGCUAAUGAAUGCAAGAUACUUUCUGGAAAUGAGUGACACAAAGGACAUGAGUGAAUUUGAGGCCGAAGGCUUCUUUGCUUUGCAUCACCGCCGGGGAGCCAUCAAACAGGCCAAAGUCCACCACGUCAAGUGCCACGAGUUCACCGCCACCUUUUUCCCACAGCCCACGUUUUGCUCCGUCUGCCACGAGUUUGUCUGGGGCCUGAACAAACAGGGCUACCAGUGCCGACAAUGUAAUGCAGCCAUUCACAAGAAGUGCAUCGAUAAAGUUAUAGCUAAGUGCACAGGAUCAGCCGUCAAUAGCCGAGAAACCAUGUUCCACAAGGAGAGGUUCAAAAUUGACAUGCCGCACAGAUUCAAAGUCUACAACUACAAGAGCCCGACCUUCUGCGAGCACUGCGGGACCCUGCUGUGGGGGCUGGCGCGGCAGGGGCUCAAGUGUGACGCAUGUGGCAUGAACGUACACCACAGGUGCCAGACGAAGGUGGCCAACCUUUGUGGCAUAAACCAGAAGCUAAUGGCUGAGGCGCUGGCCAUGAUCGAGAGCACCCAACAGGCUCGCUGCUUAAGAGACACUGAACAGAUCUUCAGAGAAGGUCCUGUUGAAAUUGGUCUCCCAUGCUCCAUCAAAAGUGAAGCAAGGCCGCCAUGCUUACCCACACCUGGAAAGAGAGAGCCUCAGGGAAUCUCCUGGGAGUCGCCGUCAGACGAGGUGGAUAAAACGUGCCUUCAUCCGGAACCUGAACCGCACGUAGAAAGACCAUCUCUCCAUCUGAAACUAAAAAUCGAGGAUUUUAUCUUGCACAAAAUGUUGGGGAAAGGAAGUUUUGGCAAGGUCUUCCUAGCAGAGUUCAAAAAAACCAAUCAAUUUUUUGCAAUAAAAGCCCUGAAGAAAGAUGUGGUCCUGAUGGAUGACGAUGUUGAGUGCACGAUGGUGGAGAAGAGGGUCCUCUCGUUGGCCUGGGAGCAUCCGUUCCUGACGCACAUGUUCUGCACGUUCCAGACCAAGGAAAACCUCUUUUUUGUGAUGGAGUAUCUCAACGGAGGAGACUUAAUGUACCACAUCCAAAGCUGUCACAAGUUUGACCUCUCCAGAGCCACAUUUUAUGCUGCCGAAAUCAUUCUUGGUCUGCAGUUCCUCCACUCCAAAGGAAUCGUCUACAGGGACCUGAAGCUAGAUAACAUCCUGCUAGACAAAGACGGACACAUCAAGAUCGCGGACUUCGGAAUGUGCAAGGAGAACAUGCUGGGAGACGCGAAGACGAACACCUUCUGCGGGACACCUGACUACAUCGCGCCGGAGAUCCUGCUGGGUCAGAAAUACAACCACUCUGUCGACUGGUGGUCCUUCGGGGUUCUGCUGUACGAGAUGCUCAUCGGGCAGUCGCCCUUCCACGGGCAGGACGAGGAAGAGCUCUUCCACUCCAUCCGCAUGGACAGCCCCUUCUACCCGCGCUGGCUGGAGAAGGAGGCCAAGGACCUGUUGGUGAAGCUCUUCGUGCGGGAGCCUGAGAAGAGGCUGGGCGUGCAGGGAGACAUCCGCCAGCACCCUUUGUUUCGGGAGAUCAACUGGGAAGAGCUUGAGCGGAAGGAGAUUGACCCACCAUUCCGGCCGAAAGUGAAAUCACCGUACGACUGCAGCAACUUUGACAAGGAAUUCUUAAACGAGAAACCCCGGCUGUCGUUCGCCGACCGCGCCCUGAUCAACAGCAUGGACCAGAACAUGUUCAGGAACUUCUCCUUCGUCAACCCGGGCAUGGAGCGGCUCAUCUCCUGAACCUCGCCUCCCCAGGGGAACUGGUCCGAGAGUGACACCUCUCGGGUUCCUUUUUCAACGUGGAAAAGAAAAGAAACACUCAACAACAGAGGCCGAGACGUCAGCCCCGCGCCCGACCGUCUACCUGUAGCAGAAACCGACUCUACUUCACUAAGGACUGCGCCCUGCCGUGCGGCUCCCGGCACGGUUCCCGGACACUGUCCACACUAGGUCAUGACUAACCCUGGCUGUUUACUUGAACGCUGGUUCUCCACGUUGGGAACUCAACACUGCUCUCCAUGGUGGCUCCGCACUCGGAUCCCAACUGCUGAGCAGUGACAUGUUCCGUGAAAGGAGGAGCAAACAGAACACAAACGUCUCCAGACUGAAAGAAAGAGCCUGGCGCCUGGCAGACGUGGUGGCACAUCUCACCCGUUUUAUUCUGUUUAUAUCUGUGGACGUGUAAAUGGCUAAGGGGCACAGCCCUGAAUAGGUUUUUAUGGGAAUUCUUCACAAUAAACAUAGGUUGUAACUUGAGAUUUACCAAUCCAUUCAUUCUGAUUAGCUGUGAAAUUCGCAGGAAAGAGGAGAAUGGAAAAAUGGGAAAAGCUUCCGUGAUUGGGAAGUUUGGCUAGAACACCUACGCUGGUUCUCUGGUCAAGACAGACCUCAAAUGUAGAGUUCAGCAAAGAUAGGGCCACUUCACUCUUGCCAGUAAAACCUUUCCCUCCAUCCAUCGUUCUCUGACUUCAAUAUCAGCGCAGUCAUUCAUUCCCAUCCUCUCAUUAUAACAAGAAAAGAAAAAGUGCACGAUUCUUCAGAGCGAAAAGAAAACCAACCCCUGGUCAUCCCACGACUGAUGAUUUGAUGACUCAUAAUCCCCUCCUGAGGGAUCAUUCGAGACCAAUGCCCCAUGCCUGCUACUGGCAGUGGUCAAUUGCGUUGAAUUAGAAUUCUAACUAUAUGUUUUUAAAGUAUCUGUGCUGUUUGUAUAUUUUGAUAAAAUGUUGUGACUUCAUGACAAAGAGGUGGAUGUGUAAAAAUGGAAUAAAAAAAAAAGACAGA